AUGGCAGGAGAGGCUUCGACAGUAACACUAACCGAUGAUUAUACAAUCUCAUAUGAUAAUGCAAGCAACACGAUGAUCAUACAGGAAUGUACUGGGCUUCCCUCGAUGGUCCAUUCAGAAGGCAUGUGGCGCUACAUUCGUUAUGGGGUUGUGCCGUAUACGUUGCCACUACUUCAGCUGCAGAUGGUUCUCAUUUUCACCUUCACCCAAGCCUCCUAUUACAUUCUUAAGCGUUAUGGGAUCCCCAAGUUUACCACACAACUUAUUGUGGGCAUAAUCCUUGGUCCAUCUCUCCUAGGACGCUUCAAAAUAUUCAAAAAUGUUUUGUUCUCGAUUCAGGGUCAAGAAAUAAUAGGAAUUUUGUCUGUCCUUAGUUUCACACUCUUUCUAUUUGUGAGUGCGGUGAAAAUGGAUAUAGGAAUGAUAAAAAGAAAUGGAAGAAAAGCCUUGUUUACUGGUGUUGCAAGCAUGUUGUUGCCUUUGCUAAUUGGGAUGUCAUUCGAAGUGAAAAUUGGAAGGCUAUGGUUGAAAGAAGAAGCAUAUGAACUUCCAUAUAUAACAAUAGCACAUUGUAUAACUUCAUUUCCAGUCCUUGCUUUGCUUUUGGAGGACCUCAAGAUCCUAAAUUCUGAACUUGGUCGAUUAAGCCUAUCUACAACAAUGAUAUGCGACAUGUUAUCCUUGUUGGCUGUCAUUAGUAGCUUCUUAAUUAGAAUUUACCAGGAGAAAGGUACUAUGUUUGCGGCUAUAGAUUUGGGAGCAGUCAUCAUCUAUAUUUUUGUCCUUGUAUAUGCAAUUCGACCAGCAAUGUUUUGGGUAAUCAGGCAAACACCGAAAGGCAGGCCUAUCAGAGACGCAUACAUCCAUACCAUCAUGCUAAUGAUCCUUGGAUUCAGCUUGUUUUCUAAUUUUUUUGGUGGGAGUUUAGUAGUUGGACCUUUCAUUCUCGGUUUGGCAAUACCAGAUGGACCGCCUUUAGGAUCAACCAUUGUCAACAAGUUUAACUGCUUCGUUUCAGAUGUGUUUCUGCCACUCUUCGUGACUACUUGUGCUAUGAGAACUGAUCUGCGUUUAAUUAAAUUCGAUAACAGUUUCAUGACAUUCAAUGGAAUCCUCAUUGUUUUGAUUUUUGUGGCCAAAAUGUUGGGUUCUUUGGUUCCUCCUUUGUACGCUAAAAUGCCUUUAAACGAUGCUCUGACACUAGCUCUCUUAGUGAGUUUCAAAGGUGCAACCCAACUACAAUUCUAUUCAUUUCUCAACGAUACUGAGGUCAUGACAGACCAGGUGUUCACUUUGUCAUGUGUUAGCAUCCUAGUGAUUGCAAUUUCUGUGCCACUCCUAGUGAAGUUCUUGUACCACCCUUCAAGAAGAUAUGCAGGAUACCAAAAAAGGGAUAUUAUGCAUUGCAGAGCCAACACAGAGCUCCGAAUCCUAGUUUGCAUUCAUAGGCCAGAUAGUAUUGCUGCUGUAAUCAAACUACUUGAAGUGUCUUGCCCAUCUAGAGAAAGGCCCCUUGCUGUUUAUGUGCUUCACCUUAUUGAGUUAAUUGGUCGAACAUCUCCUAUUUUUAUUUCCCACCAAGUGCAGAAAAAGACUGUGUCCAAUAGUUCCUAUUCUGAGAAUGUCAUUCACGCCUUCAACAACUUUGAACAAGACAAUCAAGGUGUUGUAUCAGUAAAUAUCUUCACUUUAAUCUCAGUACUGCAGUCCAUGCACGAAGACAUAUGCAUCCUUGGAUUGGACAAACUUACAUCCCUCAUAGUACUCCCGUUCCACCGAAAGUGGUCCAUUAAUGGUAUUGUUGAAUCAGAGGACAGUACCAUAAGAAUCUUAAAUUGCAGUAUGCUUGAACUAGCCCCCUGCUCUAUUGGGAUUCUUGUUGACCGUGGUUAUUUAGGUCGCCAAACGGUUUCAUCACAAUCAUUAUGUUCUGUUGCCAUGUUCUUUUUAGGAGGUAAUGAUGAUCGAGAGGCAUUGGCUUUUGCCAAUCGCAUGGCCAAUCACUCGAAAAUUGCCCUGACUGUGGUUCACUUUAUUGCAUCUGACACUGAAGGUGAUACCCGCUUGGAGAAAUUGUUUGACAAUGAGAUACUAAAUCAUAUUAAACUUAACAAUGUGGGUAAUGAAUAUGUGAUAUUUCAAGAGAAAAUUGUGAAAGAUGGGGCUCAAACGGCAUUGAUAGUUCGAGGUAUGAUGAAUGAAUAUGACCUUAUUAUUGUUGGUAGACGGCAUAACGUAGAGACUUCGCAGACAUCUGGGCUUGCAGAAUGGAGUGAAUUUCCAGAGUUGGGAAUUAUGGGAGACUUGCUUGUCUCAUUAAAUCUUAACUGCACAACUUCUGUUUUUGUGGUGCAACAACAACAAAAGAAGACCUAG